AUGGAUUCUGUUUCUGCGUACAGCUUUGCGAGCUGCGGAUGGCUCAGCCUGCAGGCAUUGCCUCUCGUGAUCUGGCCUUCCUUUGUCACCUCCCUCCUCACGCCGGAGCACCAGCAUGCUGAUGGGGGACAAACAGCUCUCCAAGAAUACCUCGCCCGCUCUUUGGGUCUGUCCCAGCUGGGCUUGGGGCUCCUGAUUGUCGUCUUGUCAGGAGCCCUUCCGCUGACCUCAGUGGUGGAGAGCCCCCAGGACUCCAUCUCACCCUACGCCAAUGCGGUCGUGCUCGUAUCGAGCCUGUACCACUUCGGGAUCGCCUUCUACGGCUACGUCAAGUACAACGAGACCGACCUGACGGGCUUCAUACUCGGUGCUAUCGGAAGCGGCGUCCUCGCUGCGUUUGGCGUCUGGUGCAUGCUCUUUGGCGACAGCCGCAAGAUCAGCAAGCGCACCGGGGCCGACAAGCGGACGAGCGGGUUCCCGUUCAAGAACUCUGAAGCUGACAAGCGCAAAGACUUGUAA